ACAGCUCUGUCUGCGCUCUCAGCUAAACACAGACAUCGAGACUCACGUCAGGAGCAUGUCCACCAGGCGGAGGAUUCCCUCCAAGUCCACAGAGGACGCCGCAGCCCCUCUGAUGCGCUACCUCGAACAGGAGCUGCAGUACAUGAAUGAAAACCUGGUUCAAGAGAACUUCAACAGCCUCCUGACUCCGUUGUGGCAAAACUCUGUGAAAAUUCUGUAUCAGAUCUCCACCCAGCAUUCGCAGCAAGAAGGGCUCAUGGUGUUCUGCCAGAGGCUGCUGUACACGCUGCAGUGUCUCGAGCAGUGUUUCCACGCCGACGGAAACGGGCUUCCUCAGAAGGCGUUGCACUCCGACGAAUACAAGAAUCUGAAGGCUCACCUCACUCACCACUCGCUGACCAGCCACCAGCUCAUAGAGAAGUUCUUUAAAAGAAAAAUAUCAGAGCAGAGAGAUUACCAAGGGGAAAAAUACGGAGCGGUCACCCUCCUCGCGUCCUACAGGAGGUCUGACCAUAGGCUGCACAUCGAGGUGCUCAACGCAGUCAGCCUCCUACCAAUGGACUCUAACGGCCUCAGCGACCCGUUUGUGCGUCUGUGCCUGGAACCCAACCACGUCUUCCCAGAGAUAGAGCCGCGCUGCACCCAGUACAAGAGCUGCGAUCUCAACCCCCUCUUCGACGAGGCCUUCGAUUUCCUGGUUUCACUGGAUCAGUGCCAGACUCCAGGAGCGUGCUUGGUCAUCACAGUUCUGGACCACGACACCCUGAGGCCAGAUGACUUUGAGGGCGAGGCGUUCCUGGCCCUGGAGGACGUACCUGGAGUUUCAGAACAAGAAGGAGAGGAAGUCGACUCGCAGAUGGACUCGGCACCUGAACAGAUACGCCUGCCUCUGAUGCAUCCUAAACCUAAUGAGGACAGCAUCCUGAAGCUGCUGGAGUCCCGGCGAGGAGAGCGAGAGGCUCAGGCUUUCGUCAAGAAGCGACGCCAGCGGGAGAAACAGUCCCAGGAGGCGGCGCAGCAAUGACAAAACACACGGAGACGCGUUCUUCCUCCAAAAAUAUACAAUUUGUUUUUAAUGAUCAGUACCAAAAAACAAAAGUCAAAAAAACAAAAAAGAAAAAGAAUGCACUCAGAAAGAAAACACUGGUGUUGCAUGAGUUGUGUGUGGACAACAUGACCAUCACAGUGAUCCGAAAAACACUUUCACGCCCGCAUUUCAACAUCUACAUGUCCGCAUGCAUCCCGAUGGUUCGUCCAAUCAGUGCAAGAGAAAGAUAUAACAUCACUUAUGUAUGUGUAUACAUUUAUAUAUAAUAUAUAUGAAAUAUAUAUAUUAUACACUGUUGAAAGACUGAAAUGUCAAAAGAGUACUACAAAUGUAGAAAUUUGGCAGAGAAAGCUGUCACAUAUUGAUUUAAAAAUAGCUAAAAAGCCUUAUUUUUAUUGUAUUUUUUUUAACUUUUUUUUCUUGAGUGUUCUGAGCUUGAUUCAUAUCGAACAUAAAGGGUGUUAAAAUAAAUAACAUCUGAAACUGGA